GACGAUAAAACGCCACGCCAGCGCCUGGAAAGAAACGCCGCCCAAAAGGAAACCUAGGGGGCCUGCACAGGUGAUGCAAGCGUCAGCCGCAAGUUCAACUUCGGUGACCCACCCUGAACCUCCUCCACUUCACAAAGCGCGCCACCCGCCGACCAGAUGGCAACAAAGUGCUCCAGCUUAGCCGCCUUGAGCUGUGCGGUGAGAAGCUGUGUGGGCAGAGCCCUGCCUCCCCCGCAGGACGGUGCUAGCUCGCCGCCGCACGUGCCCACUGGGCGGCCGGCAGGGGGACAGCAGGCUGGUGGGGGCAGCGGGUUGGGACGCCAUGGUGGAGGAGCGGGGCGGGCAGUGCCCCAGGCGCCGCCCCAGGCGCGGCCGCCACUGCAGACGUCACAACCGGCGGGUGGUGGUAAGGGCAGGGGCAGGGGCCUGGGCGCGCCGGCUGGGGUUUCGGCCGACACGGUUGGGCGCGCUGGUGGGGGUGCGGGCAGUGAGGCGGAGUACGGGGCCGUUUGCCUGACCCGGGACACGUGUGUUGCCAUCGGCUCUGACCUCGUGACGCACCGGAACCGCUGCGCAGAUGUGCAGGGGUUUGAGUGGGCGCAGCUGGGCCGCGACACGCUUGGUGGCCGCCUCCUCGCCUACCUCCGUGACCAGGGCGCCACCGUACCGGACUGGGCCGUCUGCCGCGUGCCGGCCGGCCGUACCGCCGUCCUGGCACAGCUGCGCGACGAGUUCACUGGCUGGUGGCGCCUAUACUCAGCCCAGCCUGCAGACACGCCCCUGCCUUCCGACGUGACGGAGCAGCUGGAUGACGCCGCGCAGCAGGUGCAGACGGCCUACAUGGACUACGUGCUCCUAGACGCCCGCACCCUGCGGUCCGCUAAGCGUGGGCCGGCGGACCCCGGCGGGGCCAGUGGGCCCAGCCGCCGGCAACGCCAGCACCGCAGCCGCAGUACCUCCAGCCUCAUGAGCCUGGGCAGCGCUCCAUUGCACCCCGGCGGUGCCAGCUCAGGUGCCGCUAGCAUGAGCACCAGCAGCGGCGGCGCGCCCCCCAGCCAGGGUGGCGGCCGCCGCGGCAAACACCACAGCAGCAACAGCAACCGCAACCGCCACGGCGCUGCCGUGGCCGGCGGGGGCUCAUAAUGCGGCCAACAGUGGGAGCGGCGAACCUUCGGCUGCUGACAGUGAAUGUCAACGGCCUGGGCUCGCCGUUCAAGGCGCGGGCGCUGGUCUCGCACCUACAGCAAGUUGGGGCGGAUGUGGCGAUGGUGCAGGAGACCCACGCUACUGACACGACGGUGCUGGAGUCUUGCCUUCGUGCCGCGCAGGGGGCGUGCCUUCCGUGGCGCCACUGCCUCGCUGCCAGCCCGGCAGCAUCGCCCCGCUCCUGUGGGACGGCUAUCCUGGCGCGGAGUCGGCUGUCCCUUCCAGGCUCCCGGUCACCCCACCAGGAAGGGCCCUGGUUUACCAAAACCCAUCCACACCUUGGUGGUGUGUAGACCCCCCCUGUGGUGCAGGGAGUCUCUGGGGUACAAGGCUGGAGCUCUGGGCCUGCAACUGGAGAGCUUUCAAGUUCAAGAUUUUUUUUUUUUGAGGAAUCAUCCUUACAAGGUUGA